UAGACUCUUCGCGGAGCGGGGGAGGUAUGAGCUUCUCGCAGGGGGUUGAUCCCAACGUGGCCACCGGCGCCCCUCCACGCCGCCCACGAGUCCCAGGGCGUGCGUGCUCUUGGAGGGACCCAAUCCGCUGCAGGCGUGGGGCCCGGCCCGGCGGAGGUGGUGCUGGUAUAUGCGUCGGCACCACCCCUUCCAGCACGGGCCUGAGGGAUGACAAGUUGACGCCCCUUUCGUCAUCACGUCUUGGUACUUACGCGGGGGGGGUGUCACCUGGUCUCCUAGGAGGGACGCCCGGGGAGGCCGUACGUCACUGCUCUGCGCCGGAAGACCCUAUUUUCAGGUUAUCGUCCCUCUACCCCUACCUCUUCCCUGGCAUCAUAAAAUCCCGGGAUAUGAGCCGGAAGAGGCAUCGCCUGGUCCCGGAGACCACUGGACUUAAGAGGCGGCGGAAACAAGGGCCUGUGGAGUCGGAUCCUCUGCGGGGAGAACUAGGGUCGGCGCGCGCGGCUGUCUCAGAGCUCAUGCAGCUGUUCCCGCGAGGCCUGUUUGAGGACGCGCUGCCGCCCAUCGCGCUGAGAAGCCAGGUGUACAGCCUCGUGCCUGACAGGACCGUGGCCGACCGGCAGCUGAAGGAGCUUCAAGAGCAGGGGGAGAUCAGAAUCGUCCAGCUGGGCUUCGACUUGGAUGCCCAUGGAAUUAUCUUCACUGAGGACUACAGGACCAGAGUCCUCAAGGCCUGUGAUGGCCGACCGUAUGCUGGGGCAGUGCAGAAAUUUCUAGCUUCAGUACUUCCGGCCUGUGGGGACCUUAGUUUCCAGCAGGAACAAAUGACACAGACCUUUGGCUUCAGGGACUCAGAAAUCACGCAUCUGGUGAAUGCUGGAGUCCUCACUGUCCGAGAUGCUGGGAGCUGGUGGCUAGCUGUGCCUGGAGCUGGGAGAUUCAUCAAGUACUUUGUUAAAGGGCGCCAGGCUGUCCUUGGCAUGGUCCGGAAGGCCAAGUACCGGGAGCUGCUCCUAUCAGAGCUCCUGGGCCGGCGUGCACCUGCCGUGGUGCGGCUUGGCCUCACCUACCAUGUACACGACCUCAUUGGGGCCCAGCUAGUGGACUGCAUUUCUACCACUUCUGGAACCCUCCUCCGCCUGCCAGAGACAUGAAGAUUCUGCUUAUCAUUGCUCAGCUCCCCAGAGUGGGCCGGGAGGGGACUGGAAGAGCUGCAUGAUGGUGGCUGAGACAGGGUCACCUUGGGAAGGCUUGGGAGCCAGGAUGAAUGUUGGGCUUUCAUUUGUACAAAGGGUCAGAUGUGACUGCUGCUGUUUGCCUGGGCUCUGACCCAGUGGUGGGGCUUGAGCAAUGCUUCUCUGCCCUUCCAUGGAAGGUGAAACCAGAAAUGGUGCCGAGGCUGUGGCUCUUCCCUUUCAUGUAAAAUGGUGCUGUUAUUACUCUGUGUUGAAAUAGAAAGGUGGGAUUUCUGGGGAGGUGAAGGAGGGCAGGGUUUUUUUCCCUACAUGUCAUGUUAAAAUUGCCAAAUAAAGUACCUCUGCCUGUGAUA